AUGCCAACGAUCGGAUUCCUGUUGGCUGAGUUCGGUCUGCCAGAAGAUGCCACUUCACUGAAAAUGGCUCUGUUUGCCACGUCUACGUGUCCAGGUGGUGGAAAGAGCUCGUUUUGGACGAUCAUUUUUGGAGGAAAUCUUGACCUCUCCAUUUCGAUGACCUUCACGCAGACCUUAGCUGCUCUAUUUAUGAUGCCGUUAUGGAUGUCAACGCUUGGUCGACACUUCACCGACGCUCACGUUCAAAUUCCUUUCUUGAGAAUUAUUGAGGCAAGAUUUAUACGAUUUCAUUUACGGCUAAAAUGA